GAGUUACUCAUCGUAACAAAACCGAACGAAGUGUUAGUCUGCGUAAGAAGUUCAUCUUUGUAGAAAGCUAGUGUCAUUUUGCCCAACGAUCGCGUAAUUUAUUUAUUAUUAAUCAAUCGUAUACCGGUGUGAAUUUUAUCAUCUCUAAAAUGGUCUAUCCGCCUUUAUCCGAAGAACAGUUAAACAAAUUGAAAACUGCUUUCUAUACCGAUCCGAAAAAUAUUUUGGCUCAGAACGCUUGCACACGAAGCGAACCGUUAGAAGUAUGCAUAUCGAAUAGCAGAGUUCAAGAAUCUAUUCAUGUAUUUUCCCAUAAAAUCGAAGCGGAAGCAAAACCGGUAACCAAUCAGAAAUCCACCGGAAGAUGUUGGAUAUUCGCGUGUUUAAAUGUAAUUCGAGUACCGUUUAUCAAGAAAUACGAAUUGGAAGAUUUCGAGUUCAGUCAGUCGUAUAUUUUUUUCUGGGAUAAAGUGGAACGUAGUUACUAUUUUUUAAACCUGGUUGUCGAAACCGCCAGAAGAAAAGAACCCGUCGAUGGCAGAUUGGUGUCGUAUUUGCUUUCUACUCCGAUGAACGAUGGCGGACAAUGGGACAUGUUGGUCAAUUUAAUCAAUAAACACGGCUUGAUGCCGAAGAAAAAUUUCCCCGAAUCAGUCAGUUCGGAAGCCAGCGCUCAACUCAACUCGAUCCUAACGAGUAAAGUUCGCGAAUUCGCCAUUAUUUUACGUAAAAUGGUCGAAGACGGAAACAGCGACGCCGACAUCAAGAGUAAAAUCGACGAACAGAUGGUUAUCAUAUUCCGUAUCGUAGGCAUUUGUAUCGGUAUUCCUAAUUCCACGUUUACGUGGGAAUAUUUGGAUAAAUCUAAACAGUACCAAUCGAAAGGACCAAUAACACCUUUAGAUUUUUAUAAAGAAUACGUUAAACCUGUUUUCAACGUCGAUGAUAAAGUUUGUUUAGUGACUGAUCCUAGGCCAUCGAAUAAAUAUAAUCAAGCUUACACAGUCGACUGUCUGGGUAACGUAGUCGGCGGUAGAAAAGUUAUCUACAACAAUCAACCGGUCGAGUUGUUAGCUCAACUUUGCGCCGAGUCGAUAAAAAUAAACGAGCCAGUAUGGUUCGGCUGCCAAGUAUCGAAACGAUUCGCCGGUAAAUUAGGUUUACAAGAUCUCCGUAUUCACGAUUAUAAAUUAGUUUUUGGCGUUGAUGUAUCUGUACCGAUGACGAAAGCUCAACGAAUGAUUUACGGCGAAUCAGCCAUGUCACAUGCGAUGGUUUUAACUGCCGUUACUCUCGAUGAAAAGAACAAACCUACUAAAUGGAGAGUUGAAAAUUCGUGGGGCGAUGAUCGAGGAGAAAAAGGGUAUUUAUUGAUGACCAACGAAUGGUUCGACGAGUACGUGUUUGAAAUCGUCGUCGAUAAAAGUAUAGUACCUAAGGAAGUAUUAGACGUGUUUACACAAGAUCCGAUCGUAUUGCCUGCCUGGGAUCCGAUGGGUACUCUGGCUCAAGUCCAUUAAUUAAUUGUUUUAUAUUUAAACUAUUUUUUUUUCUCUUUUUAGAAUUAUAAGUACAAUGUUGAAUAAGAAAAAACGAGUUUAAAGAAAUCAAUUUUUUUAUAAUUCUAAGCGAUAAACACAUACGAAUAUUAUUUAAUGGAGUUUGAGAGAAAAAAAAUUGUAUUUUGUGUUAUCUAAUUAUUUAGUCGUCUUAAUAUUUUUUUAUUUGUUUGACCAGGUGAUGCGCUAUACAGUGGUAGUAUUUUUUUCUAUUUUGAUUUAAAUCGUAUCACGUAUUCGUCGUCAAACUUUUUUUUCAAGUCUUAUCAGCCAUUUCUACAUAUUUUAUAUUUCCUCUUUCUUUCUUUUUUUUUUCAUGUAUAUUUUAUUCGAGUUUUUUUUUAUAGCAGUAAUAAUAUUAAUGAUAAUGUGAAUUCUUUAUAUCGUCUCUGGGUCUCUUUGUUAUUUAUAUUUUAUGAAUAUUCGAUUAAAUUUUAUUGUAAUACAUUUUUGAAUGCGU